AUGCAGGUGUCCAUCGCGUGUAACGUCGGGGGCGGGGCCGGAGGGGGCGGGGCCAGCGGCGAGCACGCGCUGAAGGAACGCCGCUCGACCAACGCCAGCGUCGCCAACGUCAACGCCGCGCCGGGCAGGGUCAGGGCGGAGCCAACCAGGACCCUCGGACACGCCCACAUGAACGAGGCACCUGGUCACCACGGCAACAUGAUGUACAGGAGUCUGGGGAAGUCCGGUCUUCGUGUUUCUUGUCUCGGUCUCGGGACUUGGGUGACGUUUGGCUCUCAGAUCUCAGACGAGGAGGCGGAGCAGAUCUUGACUCUGGCCUAUGACAGUGGAGUGAACCUGUUCGACACAGCAGAAGUUUACGCCGCAGGACGGGCGGAGAGCACACUGGGGUCCAUCCUGAAGAGGAAGCCAUGGAAAAGGUCCAGUUACGUGGUCACCACAAAGAUCUUCUGGGGUGGACAAGCUGAGACGGAGAGAGGACUGUCCCGCAAACACAUCAUCGAAGGUCUCAAGGGCUCCCUCUGCAGGUUACAGUUGGAUUACGUCGAUAUUGUUUUUGCAAAUCGCAGCGACGUCAGCGCCCCCAUGGAAGAGGUGGUCAGGGCCAUGAGUUUCCUGGUGGAUCAGGGUUUGACUUUGUACUGGGGAACGUCCCACUGGAGCCCCCUGGAGAUCAUGGAGGCGUACUCGGUGGCGCGUCAGUUUAACCUGGAUGCCCCGGUGUGUGAACAGGCCGAGUAUCAUUACUUCCACCGGGAGCGAGUGGAGCUGCACCUGCCAGAACUUUACCACAAGAUCGGUACACCAACCACAGAAGACCUGUGUCCUGGUUUAGGGUUUAGACCCUCCUCCUGCCCUGACUCGGGUGCGUUGCCGUGGUUACAGGGUCACUCGUGGCUGAGGGAGCGUCUCUGCAGUGACGAGGGGAAGAGGCAGAUCAGUAAGAUCACAGAGCUCCACCAGGUGGCCGAGCGCCUCAACUGCACCCCGGCUCAGCUCGCCAUAGCGUGGUGUCUUCGUUCUGGGGGUGUGUCUUCAGUUCUUUUGGGCGUCUCCAGCACAGAACAGCUCCAGGAAAACCUGCACUCCACCAGGGUUCUCUCGCUCCUCGAUGAUUCCGUCGUUUCUCAGAUCGACCGUCUCCUCGGAAACAAGCCCGAGGUGAAGGGGCGGGGCCAGCGCACCUGAGCGUCCAAUCAGAAGAGACUCUCCUCACGUAACCAUGGAAAUAAACUAAAGAAAACUCUUCACAUCCGAGUCUGAGUUAUGAUUGAAAGAAUUUGACCUCUGUGGUUUUUCUCUGUAACUUGUCACAAAUUUCUGUCACUUUGUUCUUUUUAUUGUUUGUAAAAUUCAACAUUCACCCCCCACACAUAAACACGUUUAUGUGACUCGAGUGGUGACUCCGCCCA